AUGGUGCCGAAGGAAAUGCAAGAGUUGAAAGAGCAGUUGCAAGAUCUGUUGGAUAAGGGCUACAUUCGCCCUAGUGUGUCACCGUGGGGAGCUCCGGUACUUUUUGUAAAGAAAAAGGAUAGUAGUAUGCGGCUUUGCAUCGAUUAUUGUAAACUGAAUCAAGUGACCGUCAAGAACAAGUAUCCCCUUCCUCGAAUAGAUGGCCUAUUUGACCAAUUGAGGGGAACAAAUGACCUAUUUGACCAAUUGAAGGGAGUAGGUACUUUCUCUAAGAUAGAUCUGAGGUUAGGAUAUCAUCAACUGAAGGUGGCCGAUAAGGACAUACCGAAGACUGUUAUCCGUACCAGGUAUGGACACUAUGAAUUCACGGUCAUGCCGUUCGGUUUUACAAAUGCUCCGGCGGUGUUCAUGGACUUAAUGAACCAUGUUUUCCGACCCUAUCUCGAUGAAUUCGUGAUAGUAUUCAUUGAUGACAUUUUGGUUUACUCUCGGGACCCUGUUGAGCAUGAAAGCCAUCUUAGGACUGUGCUACAGACUUUAAGGGAAAAGCAGUUGUAUGCAAAGUUGUCCAAGUGCGACUUCUGGAAGGAUAGCGUUGCAUUCUUGGGGCAUUUAAUAGCCAAGGAUGGAAUCUCUGUGGACCCAGCUAAGAUCUGA